CACAAAUGGAAGCAGUUGAGAAAACUCUCACUUACCGAGACGACACCGGACCUUAUAGAAAGCUGCUCCCUGGAAAUGAAGACCAAAACCAGUGCAACACUAAGGCAAAAAGUGACGAAUCCAAUUAUGUUGAUUUGGAUGAUUUACUUGAUAUGAAUUCAGAGUGCACAAAAACUGUUAAAGUGACUUUCACCGGUGACGGUAACCAGCUUGCAGUUUUCAAAUGCAACAGUGAUACGUCCGGAGAGAGGAGCCCCGGGGUUCGCGAGAUUGAUGACAAUGUGGAUCAAAUCUAUGAGGAAACAUCGAAGGACAGGUGGGCAGAUAGGCCUGUCUCGGAAGAUCCCCCCAUGGACACUUAUUUGACAGAAUUUAACAGCAAUGUGGACUUGGGGAAUAACAAUACGACAGAACCCCAGAGCGAAAUUGUGCCUCGUGAUUAUAAUGUCCCUAGCGAGUGUGAAGAGUUACAAUACACAGACAUGUAUUUGAACAGUAAAACCGAAUCGGACGACGGUGAGAGGGUAGUAUUGUCAGACCAUUGUGCGCCUGAUACGGUGAUAGACGAAUCUCACUACAUUACAACGCACGAAAUCCAACUGACAGAACUUGACCAUGAUGUCGAUUAUGAUUUUGGACAGGGAAACUGUUGGGAUAUUGAGGACGAUAAUCUGGUUUAUUCAUUUGUGGAUUAUGCCUCUUUUGAAAGCGAUGAAACAAUUGAGGAAACUUUGAUAGGCCUAGUGGAUGGUAGGAGCCAGGCGAAAGUAAAAAGCAGCAAGGCGCAAUGUAAUGUGCACCAACGUGUUUCUGGUUGUGCAGUUGUCAGCACUGAGAGUGAGUUUUGUGACUCUGACAAAUGCCCCAGCUCAGAUGAAAGCAUUUGUAAAAAACAAAACAGUAGUGGGAAUUCGGCGGGGCAAAUUCACCUGUCAAUCAAGACGUCAUCAAGAGCAAUAAACGACUCUAACAAUAUCAUUGAGAAUGAAAACAUUUGUUAUAAUUCCAAGCACAUGGGAAACAGGAGUCACUUCUUUUUUACAAGCACUGACGCCAGAGCGGAAGCCUUGUGCGAUAGAUCCCAAUAUUUUAUCCCAGCCCCGGGACGUCAACACUUUGCAACUAAAUUAAGAGGGAAAGAUGUUAACGAAUAUUCCAGCGGUGCGUCAAGUUCGAUUAGUGAACUGGACGACGCUGAUAAAGAAGUGCGUAAUUUAACCGCCAAAUCAUUUAGGAGUUUAGCAUGUCCCUAUUUCGAUGCUAUAAAUUUGAGCACUUCAAGUGAGUCUUCAAUGUCAGAAAAUGGGCUUGGCUUAAACAAGUGGUCAGCUUUCGUUGACCUUAAAUAUGGUAAUAUGUCACAUGGCAGAGAGCAAAAUCUAAUCGCCCAUAAGAGUGCAACUGCAACUUUUGAAAUGAGCAAGAACGCAGACUAUAAGAGUAUACAUGGUAUUGCCAUAAGCAAUAAGAAAGUACCCCAAACCAAGAUGUUUUCUUUGAAUACAAAAAUAUCUAGUCCACAACAUGCAUCUUCCUCUACCCAAAACGUAGAGCUUACAGGCCCAUUUGAACCAGGCAGUGAGGUUAUCACUUUGACAAAGACAUUGAAUUUUCGCUGUAAUGUUGAAGCGGGGUCACCUGAACCCGGGAAGUCUCCCAAAUAUUCAGAAAAUGUGUUAGGAGCACGUUCCAUGGAUGAAGUUACCGGCACCUUGCCAGCCAAGCCAGGAUAUGAAGUGAGCUACCAACACAGUGACGCGGGUGAUAGCAUGGAAGGCACACAUAAGAAUGCAAGUUUCGCAUCAAGUCUCUUAAAAAAUGUAAUUUCCAAAAAAAUGCAAUUUGAACAGGAGCGUAAGAUGGAGAGGGGGGUGAUACGGGACACGCAUCCCACGCACUCCCCAUGCUUUCAAUGCAAGGAUCAAGAUGGGAUAAGGGAGAGGGAUACAGAGAGAGGCGUGCAUAGUCAAACCUCAAAAUCGGGUUCGGGAUGUACAAGCAAUUCUUCGGAUGAACACGGGGCUGUGGACAGUAGACCUAAAUCUUGUGACCCCAAGGAAGAGCGUACAAGAACAUUAGCAAGCUUUCAGCCCAUAAAGGAGGCACGACUAGAUUCUCAAAGGGAUGCAUGCGAGCCCACAAGAGGAUCCCUGAGCCAUAGCCAAAACAGCGCAUUCAAAUCAUGGAGGGAUGGUGAGCCAGAGCCCCAAGAUGAACAUGAAAUUCGUACCGUUUUAGAUGGGACACACUCCACAACAGAUAACACGGGGGAAAUGGAGUUAGACACCAGGUCUGUAAGUAGCAAGCUAACUAAAUCGUCACACUUGUUUGUUCCAAGUUCCCAGCGUCUCCCUAAAGAUACGGAAUUGAAAGAACAGGUGUCAGACAGUACUUUCCUCGGUGCACAAAAAGAGCAACAGGGGGACCGAGAGAGAAAGUUUAGACCUGACAACAAUACAGGAAUCGUGAAAGGAUCAAAGGCACCCGAGAUAAAAAUACGCCUGAGGAGCGUAAAAGAAAACAAAUGCAAUCCGCUAAAUAUUGACAACUUGUUAACCCCUAAUAUAAGUUAUCCAAUAAAGUCAGCAGGUGACUCCAAAUGUCAGGUGCUGCCAGCGUCAGACAGAGUGCCACACUUUACGGUUAGGGAUAUAAGAGACAAUAAGUGCAAGUUUCAGACGCCAAUUCAUCAGGUAAGAGACGUACGUAAAUUGGUCAAGAGUUCAUAUCGUUUAGUCUCAGUGGAUAACAGCGAGAUUAAAGGUGCAGUCGCCUCUGCAACUGCCUCAUUACGCGAAGAUAAUAAAGCUUCUAAGAAACUACCCGGUAAAAAAUCGCCUCCCUCUUCAAUUGUAAUAAAAUGUCAGUCUGUAAAUACAAAUAGCAGUACUAAACAAGGUGUGCUUGGAACCGAGGCUCCAAAGCAGAGACAAAUUGAGAACGAUAGGUCAUCCCCCAAACCAUCUCCAGACUGUGCCAAAAAUGAACCCACGUCGCUGCACAGGGCGACGGGCAGACCUCCAAUUGGCUUCGCUAAGCACCCCAACACAGAUCAGUCCGAGGCUAAACAGAAGCAGGAAAAAAUGGUCGAGGCAGGUGAACGCAAACCGGAGUCGAAAAUACCAAAACAGGUGGCGUUAGAGAAACUAAAGGCGGCAGUUAAAACAAUGGAACAGCUUUAUGUUUUUGACAGAAAUGAAUGGAAGCGCAAGAGCCAGGCUCCCUGGCCUAUUACAGACAGUCAUGUUCUGUCACUCAUUGCUAAAGAGGAGCAUGGUGGCCCGGAGGAGCUAGGUUCAGCAGGUGACAGAGAGAGGCUUAUUACAGAGACAAACACAGACAGGCUGCCAGAAACAUGCAACAUUCAAGAAGAGAAAGGUUGUCUAAGAAUAAUCCAUGUCCCAUUCACAAAGAACACAUUUAAAACCCAGUCACAACAAAGUAAAAUGUUUAGUAACAAAAGUGUGUUUCAUUUGGGGAACAGCAUUAAGACAGCUGUCAGUAGCAGCAGCUUUGCUAGUAGGAAUGGGCCACAACCCUGUUCUCCAUCACAUGCAACCUCUAUGGUGAAAAGCAUUAGCACUAAGACCCCAAAUGCUCCUCUCUCAUUGAAAAUAUGCCCCCCAAAACGAGCGCUGGUGGACAGGGGAAGGUUCAAAAGCAGCCCCACCACAGAGACAACACCACAGCCCAUCAAAUCUGGCAACCCAGACUCUGAAAACUACUUAACAAUACCUGUAGAAGGCCGGUGUGUCGGUCAAGUGAAACUGCCCAUUCAUGAGCAGGUAUUCCCAAGCAGCCCUGCUGCCAAUCAACCUGGCAUCACCGACACCAAGAGAUCUGAGAAUAAUUCUAUCCAGUCUCUCAAACGGUCCCCUGUUGUCAUGGAGACGCGGCCCCUGGAUACCCCCACCAUCCCCACUACCGCCACCAUCUACCACCACUCUCUACCAGUGGUCAAGCAAGGAGCCCCCCAGCCGCAGGUGUUCUGCUUCUCCCCGUCCAUUGCCCCCUUGCCCACAACCCCUUCGGGGGGAGACCCCUUCCAGCCUACCCAGAGGAAGAUGCUCUUUGAUCCCACCACCGGACAGUACUAUCUGGUGGACACUCCGAGUGAGCCAGUCACCCGGCGUCUCUUCGACCCUGAGACGGGCCAGUAUGUGGACGUGCCCAUGCCUAUGCCACAGCUGCAGCCAGUGACCCCCAUGUCCGUGUCCCCCCUGGCGCUGAACACGGGAGGGGUGUACUCACCCAACUACAUGAUCUACCCGGGGUUCCUCUCACCCAUGCUUCCUGCACAGACGGUGAUGACACCCCAGGUCGCAUCCUACGUGGCAUCCCAAUUGGAGGACGAGAGCGGGAAUACUGCUCACAGGAAAUACACCCUGGUGCGUGGGGGGGGGCAGGAGGGUAACAUGACGGGGGCAGAGAGCCCCUACUACAGUGCUACUGGAGGGUCAGUGCCAGCAUCAGUGCCCGUCACCUUGGGCCACCACGUCACCACCCGGGGGAGUGCGGCCUUGUCAGAAGGGAAACCACCGGUCAUCAGCAUCACGUCUCAGCAACGCCCGAGAAUCAUUGCACCAGCCUCCUUCGAUGGGACAACCAUGAGCUUUGUGGUGGAGCAUCGGUAACCAC